AUGGAGGCUGUGAGGGGAGGAGGAGGACGACGGCGACGGAGAGUGGCCGGGGCCUCCUCAGCCGGGCCCGGGGCCUGCGGGUGCCAGGGAAGCCGCUCCUGCCUGCUUUGCGAGGAGGCCGCCCCGCCCCCGCAGAAAAGAGAGAACUUUGUUUACAGUCCACUGACGGGCUUGGCUGUGGGAGAAGAGCAAUCGGAAUUUGCAGGCUGGGCCUUUCAGUUUCCAGGAGUUUUUUUGCUUGAAGACUUCAUAAGCCUAGAAGAGGAAAGCAAGAUGGUGGAGCUGAUGGAUCAAAACACUUGGAAGCCGUCGCAAUCUGGCAGAAGAAAGCAGGAUUAUGGUCCCAAAGUCAACUUCAAGAAGCACAAACUGAAAGUGGCUGGUUUUUCCGGCUUGCCCAAAUUCAGCCAGGAGCUUGUGACACGGAUGAAAAACCAUUCCCCACUGGCAGGCUUCUUUCCUGUUGAGCAGUGCAACUUGGAUUACGGCCCCGAGAGAGGAUCUGCCAUUGACCCUCACUUGGAUGACUGCUGGCUUUGGGGUGAGCGCCUAGUGAGCUUGAACUUGCUAUCAAGCACCAUGCUUUCCAUGUCUUGUGAUUCUGAGGACAGUGUCCAGUUAUUCCCUGCUUUCCUUAGCAUAAAGGAGCAGAUGCAUGGCUCUGGGUCACCCCCUGCCCUUCAGAACCAUCAUCCACCACCCAGUUUUACUUCUGCAGAAAGACUCGGAAACACUAUUGAAUGGGAAACGGAUGCUUCCACAAAGUUGGUUCCAUCCAAAGACAUUACCGUUGCCGUUCACUUACCUAGGCGAUCGCUUGUGGUUCUGUACGGUCCUGCUCGCUACGUAUGGAAGCACGCCAUUUAUCGCAAUCACAUCACAAGCCGCCGGAUCUGCGUCACCUUCAGAGAGGUGUCCGAGGAGUUCAGUCAUGGAGGAGAGCAGGAAGAACUGGGUAGAAAGCUGCUAGAAAUUGCCCUAACGUUCCAGGGAAAACCCGUGUAAGCAUUUGAGAGAAAGAAUUGUGAUUCUUAUUUGU